GGGGGUGGGGAGGGAAGGAGGAGCCUGAGGAGGUGUCUGCUGCAAGUUCCUGGCUGAUUCUGAGCUCACACCAUCCUCCAAGAGGGAGGAGGCUCAAGUGAUGCUGCUGCUGUUGCCGCCUCUACUGCUGGUACUCUAGUGGAGCUGGAAAGGGUGGCUCCUAUCGCACCAUCGCCAACCAGAGAGGGAGGGGGAAAAAAAUCCCGGCAGCCGCUGCUGAUGUUGGGUUCAGAGGCUGCAUCCGACCCGGUCACAAGAAAAAUGGAUUCAGUGUGUGGCUCUCCCUCCUUUCAGCAUCUUCUCUUGGUCUCAGCAUGGGCUUCCGAGGCAGCGUUUGAGAAGACCUUAGCAAGGAACACCACGCAGUAGUGGCUGAAACAUCUCACUCCAGGAAAUGAAACAGUAACAUGGCAGUACCUGUUUGAGAGGAUUAAAACCCAAAAGACUCCAUUUAGAAAGGGACAAUGUCCAAGAAAGGGCGAAAUAAGGGCGAGAAGCCCGAGGCACUCAUUGUCGCCCUGCAAGCUGCCAACGAAGACCUCAGGACCAAACUCACAGACAUUCAGAUAGAACUGCAUCAAGAGAAAUCCAAGGUAUCAAAGCUUGAAAGAGAGAAGACUCAGGAAGCAAAGAGGAUUCGUGAGCUGGAGCAGCGCAAACACACAGUCCUGGUGACAGAGCUUAAAGCCAAGCUCCACGAGGAGAAGAUGAAGGAGCUGCAGGCCGUGAGGGAGAAUCUCAUCAAGCAGCAUGAGCAGGAAAUGUCAAGGACAGUGAAGGUGCGGGAUGGGGAGAUCCAGAGACUCAAGUCUGCUCUGUGUGCUCUCCGGGAUGGCAGCAGUGACAAAGUAAGGACAGCACUCACCAUUGAGGCCCGGGAGGAGGCCCGGAAACAGUUCGAUGCAGAGCGCCUGAAGCUCCUGCAGGAAAUUACAGACUUGAAAACUGCCAAGAAGCAGGUGGAUGAGGCUCUGAGCAAUAUGAUUCAAGCGGAUAAAAUCAAGGCUGGGGACCUUAGGAGUGAGCAUCAGUCCCACCAGGAAGCCAUCUCGAAGAUCAAGUGGGAAUCUGAACGGGAUAUACGGAGGCUGAUGGAUGAAAUCAAAGCCAAGGACAGGAUCAUCUUUUCCCUGGAAAAGGAACUGGAGACUCAGACAGGCUAUGUACAGAAACUCCAGCUGCAGAAGGAGGCUUUGGAUGAGCAGCUCUUUCUUGUCAAGGAGGCAGAGUGUAACAUGAGCAGUCCGAAGAGAGAGAUUCCAGGAAGGGCAGGAGAUGGCUCUGAACACUGCAGCAGCCCGGAUUUGCGAAGAAAUCAAAAGAGGAUAGCGGAAUUGAACGCCACGAUACGAAAGUUAGAAGAUAGAAACACCUUGCUCGGAGAUGAGCGAAACGAGUUGUUAAAACGCGUGAGGGAAACCGAAAAACAAUGCAAACCUCUCCUGGAAAGGAACAAGUGCCUAGCCAAGAGAAACGACGAACUGAUGGUGUCUUUGCAACGCAUGGAAGAGAAACUAAAAGCCGUAACCAAGGAAAAUUCAGAGAUGAGAGAAAAGAUAACAUCUCACCCACCAUUGAAGAAACUGAAGUCUCUGAAUGACCUUGACCAAGCUAAUGAAGAACAAGAGACGGAGUUUCUAAAACUGCAGGUCAUUGAGCAGCAGAACAUCAUUGAUGAGCUCACAAGGGAUCGAGAAAAACUCAUUCGUAGGAGAAAGCACAGGAGAAGCUCGAAACCAAUCAAGAGGCCUGUUUUAGAUCCAUUCAUUGGCUAUGACGAGGACUCCAUGGACUCAGAAACUUCAUCCAUGACCUCCUUUAGAACAGACAGGACACCUGCUACCCCUGAUGAUGACUUGGAUGAAAGUCUAGCUGCUGAGGAAUCUGAGCUACGAUUUCGACAAUUAACAAAAGAAUACCAAGCUCUCCAAAGAGCAUAUGCCCUCUUGCAGGAACAGACUGGCGGUAUCAUAGAUGCUGAAAGAGAAGCCAAGGCACAAGAGCAGCUUCAGGCAGAGGUGCUGAGGUACAGGGCCAAAAUCGAAGAUCUGGAGGCAACACUGGCUCAGAAAGGGCAGAUAGAGAAGCAGGAAGCAGAGAAUCACCGGCUACAGCAGGAACUUCAGGAUGCCAGAGACCAGAAUGAGCUGCUGGAGUUUCGCAACCUAGAACUGGAAGAGAGAGAGAGGAGAUCCCCUCCAUUUAAUCUACAAAUUCACCCCUUCUCAGAUGGUGUGAGUGCACUACAGAUCUACUGCAUGAAAGAAGGUGUCAAGGAUGUCAACAUCCCUGAUCUCAUAAAGCAACUUGAUAUCCUAGGUGACAACGGGAACCUAAGGAAUGAAGAACAGGUGGCCAUAAUUCAGGCCAGCACUGUGCUGUCCCUGGCAGAGAAGUGGAUCCAACAAAUUGAAGGAGCAGAGGCUGCCCUGCACCAGAAAAUGAUGGAACUGGAAAGUGAUAUGGAACAAUUCUGCAAAAUCAAAGGCUACCUGGAAGAAGAACUAGACUACAGAAAACAGGCUCUUGACCAGGCGUAUAUGAGAAUCCAGGAACUAGAAGCUACUUUGUACAAUGCUCUGCAGCAAGAAACUGUGAUCAAGUUCGGCGAGCUGUUAAGUGACAAGCAGCAGGAGGAGCUGAGGACGGCUGUAGAAAAGUUAAGGCGGCAAAUGCUGAGAAAGAGCCGCGAGUACGACUGCCAGAUCCUCCAGGAGAGGAUGGAGCUCCUACAGCAAGCCCACCAGAGAAUCCGUGACCUAGAAGAUAAGACAGACAUCCAAAAGCGGCAGAUAAAGGACCUAGAAGAAAAGUUUCUGUUUCUAUUCUUGUUCUUCUCUCUUGCCUUCAUUCUAUGGCCUUGAUGUCAAGGUGCCUCUUAAAGAAAUAUCAAGAACUUGGAUCAUACCCCCAGAAGGCAAAUGCUUUUUAACCUUCAAAGAUGGCAAAAUUGUUUACACCGAUGUAAGGGAAAUCAAAAGCUAAGAAGUACCCUGUAGCCAAGACUAUGUGCUUUAAAGCCAUUAUUCAAGGUUUCUUACUUGACAGUUUAUAAUGACCCUGUUGAAAAAAAAAUCUACAUUAUAUGCUGCAUUUAAUGAAACGUGUGUAUGUCAAAGCAGAAGAAGAGAACUAUAAACAUAUAUUAUGUGAAGGAAAAUUUCAGCAGUGGAACCAGUUUCAGCAGAUCAAGAGAAGAUGUGUCUUGGGCAUGGAACCAAAGUUACAAAGAAACAUUCAACUCCUGCUGUGCAGGGGGGGUCAUUUUAAUGUAACACCACACCCCAUGGAAACACUAUUCCUGAAAAUAAACAUCAUUUAAAAAAAAAAAAAAAAAACAAACAAAAGUGGAAAAAAAUCAACCCAAGGGUGGGCGGGUAAUGAAGCAGGAGGAAUAAUACCUAUGAGGAACUAUUUACAAUAAAAUGUUUCCUUUGAAAAGUCUGGUUUCUUACUACAGGGAUUUGCUUUUCUGUCUUUAUGAUUGUUUU